AUGGUGGUAGCAGAAGAUAUUAAUUUACUCAUUGUGGUGGAGCCAUUUAAGGCACACAAUAACAAUCAACUACCUAUGAGGGUAGAACACAAUAAACUACCCAUGGUGGUAGAAAACACUGAGCUACCCAUUGUGGUAGAAAACACUAAGCUACCCAUGGUGGUAGAAAAAUAUGAACUACCCAUUGUGGUAGAAAACACUGACCUAUCCAUGGUGGUAGAAAACACUGAUCUACCCGUGGUGGUAGAAAACACUGAUCUACCCGUGGUGGUAGAAUCUAUGGAUAAAAACCUUAUUUGGUUUAUAAAUUAUGAACAGGAGCUUCAGGGUCUUGUAAUAACUGACAAUGUUGAGUCUCACUACUAUACUAUUCAUUCAGCACUUUUGAAUACAUUCAUGGGUCAUAGUUCUGCUAUUUUCAUAUUAGAAGGCUAUAUGAUGGCAAUAAUAAAACAAUCAAACUUUUUCUAUAUAUUUGAUUCUCAUGCCAGAGACAGAAAUGGCAUGCCCGAUCCUAAUGGCACUGCAGUUGUCAUAAAGUUUGCUAAUAUUCUAGAUUUGGAACAAUUUUUGUAUUCUCUUUCGACAAAACUACAUGUCAAUUUAUUUGAAAUAGUACCUGUGUAUGUAACAAAAACUAAUGUAAGCCCAAGCAAUGCUGAUGAUUGUAGAAAAAGAAAUCAGGCUCAAAAAAGUGAAUGCUCCAGAGAUAAAAAGUAUCCUAGAAAAUUUUCAUCUGAAAAUUCCAAGAUACCUUCAUCUGUCCCAGAUGAACUGAGAGACUUGACUCAAGUUGAGGAAAUGUUAAUUGCUCGUGCUUUGCCAAUCAUGAGAGUGUAUAUCAAACCUGGUGGUCAACGUGGGUAUUCAGGGCAUUGUAUUAACUUGCCUCAAAAUGUCACAGAACUUGCAAAAUCUUUGCCAAGAUAUCCUAAGGAUUUGGCAGUAAUUAUUGUCAAAGUUAAAGGAAAGGACAACACAUUUAAAGAUGUCAGAGUAAGAAAACAAAAAGUCUACAAUGCUUUAGUUUGGCUAAAGAAUAAUAAUCUACAUUAUUCUGAAAUAUUAAUUAAUGAUCAUGCAUUGCUUUCAUUGCCUGAAAAUGGUGUACCACCAGAGCUUAUGACUGUUGAGACUAAUGAUGAUAUUGUCUCAGAUGAGGAAUGUUCUCCAGAUAUGGGUCCCCCAACUGAUAAUCCUUUUGAGGAUAUUGUUUACAAUGAGUCCACAGAGAUGAGUAGUUUUUUACCUGUUGGUGAACAACAGCAACAGGAAAUUGAAGCUGUUAGAAAUAAGCUCUGUGAAAAUGAGCCAAUGUCCUGGCCUACAGUUGAAAAUGAACCAAUAAAUGAGUAUCAGGUGUCUCAUUUAGCUACAAUGGCUUUCCCAACAUUAUUUCCCGAUGGAAAAGGUGAUUGUACAAAUCAAGAACUUUUGAGAGAUGUUUCUUUUCAGGAACGAGUAAAGCACCUUCUAAAGUUUGCUGAAAUUAUUGAUGGUAAAUGGGUAUACCGUUUUGCAAACCAUCCCAGAUUUUCAUAUUGGGUUUUCAAUAUGAUUCAAAGAAAACGAAUAUUGCAACAAAGUGGAAUAUUUCUAAAACAAAAUCCAGGUGAAGCACAUCUCACCAUAGACGAACUGCGCGAAAUGGCUGCGAGUAACAGUGCUAAUGUUUUCAUGUCUAAAGUUUCUAGAUAUGUUGGAAAUAUUGUGGGUACAAAUGCUUACUGGAACAGAGUUCGAGAGGAACUUAAAGCCAUAAUUACAAAUACUGCUUUGAAAGGUUUCUUAGCAGAAAAAUUUAAAGAUGAAAAUGAUUGCUUUGACACAACAGAACUAGACCAGGAUAUUGAAGCUGGUCAGAAAGCUGCUGAGACAGUAUGUCAGUAUGUUGAUUGGUUGUUAUCAACUGUUAAUCCAAAUCCACCAGAUGCAGACAUGUGGAUAAGACCUGAGGUUCAUCCAUGUCAACGACCUCAUAAAGACAUCCCUGAACAUGAAAAACAGUCAGAUUAUGUUAAUCAUCAACAACUUCAACUCCAAGGAUGGAGAGCCAAUUGCGAUAUUCAAGUUGUCAUUGAUCACUAUGCUUGUGUUGAGUAUCUGACAAAAUAUGCUGCUAAGGGUGAACCAAGAUCGCCCUUAUUAAACCAAGCAUUCAAUUCUGUUGUUCAAAAUGUAGAUAUUAAUAGCGAGGCUCGUCGAGCUAUUAAAAAAAUAGUUAUGAAGACUCUCGGUGAAAGGGAUUAUGCAGCGCAAGAGACAAUGCAUCAUUUAUUGUCAUUAAAACUUCAUAGCUCUUCAUUUAAUGUGAUUCCAAUAAGUUUAAAUGGUUCACGUAAAGUGCGUGAAAAUGUUGAAGAAGGUAUAAACCUUGGAGAAGAUCUCAGAAUAACACAUGGGGUGAUCAAGAGGACCUUACUGACGAGACUUUUAUCAACGCUUGGCAAAGAAUUCUUGCAAACACCAUAUGGACAACAGAAUGUCCCUGAUUGGUUUGACAAGUUACAAGCUGUUAUUCAAAGUGAAGAAUCAGAAGCUGAAUCUUUUGAACAACCAGAAACAACUCGAGAGGAGUGGAUGAUUAUAUCAGAUCUUCAUACACCGUUUGACACAACACAAGAAACGCCAGAGUCAGGAUAUGACUGGCACAUUGACAGAGGUAAUUACUCUGAACAAAAAAUCCAUGAAAUGCCUUCAUGGUUAAAAACAAACAAGGAAGAAUUUACUAUGGAUGAGCAAUAUGAUGAUGUUGAUAUUGACACUUUUAGUGAAAUGCAAAAACUUGCUUACGACAUUGUCAAAUCUCAUUUUAAUGAUUCAUCAGAUAAAGAGUCAUUGUGUUUGAUUAUAAAUGGCGUAGCAGGAACUGGUAAGAGUUAUCUUAUCAAUGGAAUUCGAAAUUUGUUAAAAAACAAGUGCGCUAUUACUGCUGCAACUGGGAAAGCAGCGUAUAAUAUACGAGGAAUAACUGUUCACGAGGAGAAUUUGACUGAUAUUGAUUACAUCAUCAUUGAUGAGUAUUCUAUGCUUGGCCAAGUUACUUUUGGUUGGAUAGACAAACGUUGCAAACAAGCAACUGGUUGUUACGACAAAGUAUUUGGAGGAGACUCGUUAAUUUUAACUGGCGAUCCAGGUCAGUUACCACCAGUGGCAGAUAAACCUCUUUAUCAUGCCAAACCAUCAAGCGCUGUUGGUGAACAAGGUUUUCAAGCAUAUCAAAUGUUUGACAAAGUUGUUAAACUCACGGUAAAUCAACGAGUACAAGGUAUGACAUCUGAACAAAUCCGUUUCAGGGAGUUAUUGUUUCGACUUCGCAAAGGCGAAUCAACAAUUGAUGAUUGGAAAUUACUUCUUACCCGUCAACCAUCGAAAGUCGCAAAUAUACAAGAAUUUGAAGAUGCUACUAGACUUUUUUAUAGCAAUGAACAAGUUGCCAACUACAAUCAUGAGCAACUGUUAAGACUUAUGCAUCCAAUUGCCCGUAUCAACGCUCGUCAUUCAUCAGAAAUGGCAAAAAAGAUUUCAUCUGAAGACAUGUCAGGAUUGGAACCAGUUAUUUUUCUGGCGAAAGGUGCCAGAGUCAUGCUAACUAUGAAUUUGUGGUCAUGUGUUGGGCUUUGUAAUGGAGCUACGGGAACAGUUGUUGAUCUUAUUUUCCAGAACAACCAUCAACCACCUGACUUGCCUAUUGCGGUCGUUAUUGAUUUUGAAAACUAUAGAGGUCCUGUUUUUAACCCGACCAAGUCAUGUUGUGUUGCAAUAUGUCCAAUCACAGUUUCGUCACAGUCUGAGAUCGGUUUUCAUGAGCGGCAACAGCUGCCUCUAAGACUGGCCUGGGCCUUAACAAUACACAAGAGCCAAGGACUAACUCUUCCAAAAGCUUGGAUAGAUAUCGGCAAAUCUGAAAGAACUGCUGGAGUCUCAUACGUUGCCAUAAGCAGAGUGAAGUCGCUUUCAUCCUGUGUCAUUGAACCCAUGACAUAUGAACGAUUAACAACCUUGAAAUCAUCAGCUAAUUUACGUUACAGGCUUGAAGAAGAAAACCGCCUAGAUCGUGCAGCACAGACUACUUAUAGCAACACAUUUUAG